GCGGUAGAAGCAGUUAAAAUGUUGACAAUAGGUCAAUUUCUUAUAGCUUUGGCUGUUUUUCUUCUACUUAUGCAGUUUUUAAAGUUGCAACAAGUACGGAAACAGCUUCCUCCUGGACCAACCCCUCUCCCAGUUUUUGGGACCUUGAUACAACUGAACUUUCAGUUUAAUCGUGAUCUUCUCAUGAAGAUGGCAACAAUUCAUGGCAACAUAUUCACCUUGUGGUUUGGAUGGGCUCCAGUGAUUGUACUGAAUGGAUUUCAAGCAGUUAAAGAUGGUAUGACGACGCACCCUGAGGAUGUUUCUGGGAGGCUAGUAUCUCCUUUCUUCAGAGCUAUGGCCAAGGGAAAAGGGAUUAUGUUGGCUACUGGUCACACCUGGAAGCAGCAGAGGAGGUUUGCAUUGAAGACUCUGCGCAACCUUGGUCUGGGUAAAAGAGGCCUAGAGCAUCGAGUUCAAGAAGAGGCCCACUACCUGGUAGACUUCUUUGCAAGUAUGAAAGGGAAACCCGUGGAUCCUUCUUUCCCUCUCGUUCAUUCGGUCUCAAAUGUAAUUUGUGCUGUUGUUUUUGGACACCGCUUCUCCAGAGAGGAUGAAGCCUUCCAUGAGCUGAUUAGAGCCACAGAGCGUCUAUUCAAAUUUGGAGGCAGCUUUAUCCAUCAUCUUUAUGAAAUCUUCCCCUGGCUGAUGUGCCGUCUCCCUGGCCCUCAUAAGAAGGCAUUGUCUUGCUAUGAUGUCCUGAGCUCUUUUACAAGGAGAGAGAUCAGAAUGCACACAGAACGUGGGGUACCAGAGGAAGAGCAGGAUUUCAUUGACUUUUACCUGGCUCACAUCGAAAAAUCCAAAGAUGAACCCAGGUCUACAUACAAUGAAGACAACAUGGUUUAUUCUAUAAAUGAUCUUUUCUUGGGUGGAUCAGAGACAACAAGCACUACUUUGAACUGGGGCCUGCUCUAUAUGGUGGCAAAUCCUGAUGUCCAAGAGAAAGUGCAGAAGGAGUUGGAUGCUGUUUUGGGCCCUUCCCAGUUAAUCUGCUAUGAGGAUCGGAGAGAACUCCCCUACACAAAUGCUGUGGUUCAUGAGAUUCAGCGCUUCAGCAACAUCAUCUCAGUUGGCAUGCCCAGAGUGUGUGUGAGGAACACUACAUUGCUUGGCUUUCCCCUCAAAAAGGGCACCAUAGUUCUUCCAAAUAUUGCUUCAUCAUUGUAUGACCCAGAGCAGUGGGAAACACCUCGACAGUUCAACCCUGGUCACUUCUUGGAUAAGGAUGGAAACUUUGUGAGCCAGGAAGCCUUUUUACCAUUUUCAAUAGGGCACCGUGUGUGUUUGGGGGAGCAUCUCGCAAGGACUGAACUCUUCAUUUUCUUUGCCAACCUUCUGCGGGCAUUCACCUUCCGGCUCCCUGAGGGGGUGACAAAGAUCAACACAGAGCCCAUUUUGGGGGGUACACUGCAGCCCCACCCAUACAGGGUCUGUGCCAUCCCACGCUAGGGUGGGCACAUGCUGUGUGUCACAGACCAUCUGUUAAGAGAGCCUAUUUCCUCUUGUAGGUCUUGAGACCAUAU